GAUUACAAAACACUGACUGUAAAGAGCAAAAUCCAUCCAGUAAAAACCAAAGUAAGUGGAUACACUGGAGAACGAGUUCCUGUUAAAGGCGGAUGUAUUGCAACUUUUAAACACAAGGGUCGACAAAUGAGAGCACAGCUACUGAUCGUGGAUAUGAGUGUACAACCAAUCCUGGGACUCAGUGCAUGCACAAAGCUCAAUCUUGUCAAAAGAGUGUUUGUGGUGACAUCUCAAGAAACUACAAAUGCUCAGGACACACUCAUGGAAGAGUAUAAGGACUGCUUUCAAGGACUUGGAUGUCUACCUGGACUACAUAAAAUAUGUGUAGAUAAAAAUGUGUUUCCUGUUGUGCACCCGUGCAGGAAAGUCCCAUUUGCUCUGCGGGAAAAACUGAAAGAUGAACUAGCACGAAUGGAAAAGUUGGGAGUCAUUAAAAGAAUAGAUGUGCCAACUGAAUGGGUCAGCUCGCUGGUUGUUGUGCAAAAGAAAACAGGUGCCCUAAGAAUAUGCUUGGAUCCAAGAGACUUAAAUAAAGCGAUCAGAAGAGAGCACUUCAAGUUACCAACCAGGGAAGAGAUCAUGGCACAAUUUGCUGGAGCAAAAUGGUUCAGCAAAUUAGAUGCUUCAUCAGGUUUCUGGCAGAUGAAGCUUGACGAGGAGAGUUCAAGACUGCACAUUUAACACCCCGGAGGGCAGGUACAGGUUUCUUCGUCUACCAUACGGCAUCUUGUCAGCGCCUGAAGUAUAUCAUAAGACCAUUCACAUGAUUUUUGAGCACAUACCUGGAGUUGAGACAAUGAUGGAUGAUAUCAUAGUGUGGGGCUCAACCCGAAAAGAACACGACGAAAGACUGAGACAAGUGCUAGACAAGACAAGGGAGGUGAACCUGAAACUUAACAAAGAAAAAUGUGAGUUUGGAGUGAAGUCACUUACCUUUGUGGGAGAUGUUGUGAGUGAAGAGGGCGUGAAGCCAGACCCGAGAAAAACUUCAGCAAUCAACAACAUGGAAAGGCCAACCAACAAAGAUGAGGUCAGACGUUUCCUAGGGAUGGUCACCUAUCUUGCCAAGUUUGUCCCACAACUGUCAACACAGUCAGCACCUGUCAGGAGUCUUCUUGAACAAAAGAAUGAAUGGAUAUGGUCCCACGAGCAAAAACAAUGUUUUCUAAAACUGAAAGAGACUCUUACACAGGAGCCUGUGUUAAAGUUUUAUGACCCCGAGAAGAGCACCAGGAUCUCGGCAGAUGCAUCGCAGUACGGCCUGGGAGCAGUGCUACUGCAGCAACAUGAAGAGCAGUGGCUACCUGUCGCCUAUGCAUCCAGAGCACUGACAAGUGCAGAGACCAGGUAUGCUCAAAUUGAAAAAGAACUGUUAGCAAGUUUGUAUGCAUGUGAGCGUUUCCAUCAAUAUGUAUAUGGACAGAUGUUUCAAGUGGAAACUGAUCAUAAACCGUUGGUGUCCAUCAUGAACAAACCAUUGAAUGACUGUCCAGUACGAAUACAGCGCAUGCUAAUUCGACUGCAAAAAUAUGACGUGCACAUGAUGUAUACACAAGGAAAAUAUAUGUACACAGCUGACACAUUGUCUAGAGCAGUGGAUAAGAGAGAACUUGCAGACAGUGAAAAUAGCACAGAAAUACAGGCAUAUGUAGAUAUGGUAGUGACAUCUUUACCGGUGACUGCAGACAGAACAGAACACAUACGGAGAGAGACUAUUGCAGAUGAAACUAUGAAAGAACUCAAGAGCACAGUACAGAAUGGAUGGCCUGACAACAAAAAGGAUUGCCCCUUGAAAAUACAAGACUAUUGGAAUUGUAGAGCUGAGCUCACAGUGGUGGAUGACAUUGUGCUAAAAGGGAGCAAAUUUGUUAUUCCGUACUCACUGCGCAAACAGAUGCUCGAAAAGAUACACGAAGGCCACCUCGGUGAAGUCAAGUGUAAAAGGAGGGCUAGAGAAGUAAUGUACUGGCCAAGGAUCAAUCAGGAUAUUAGCCAAACAACAACGUCAUGUGGAGUUUGCCGAACUUACAGGCCAAAACAACAAGCUGAGCCACUGAUGACUCAUCCAGUGCCCCACAGACCGUACUACAAAGUAGGAACUGAUCUAUUUGACUUUGAUGGAAGGAGCUACAUGGUAGUCACAGACUACUUUUCAAACUAUCCGGAAAUUGGAGCAUUGCAGUCAACAUCGAGCAAAGCAGUUGUCAGUUAUUUAAAGACUGUUUUCGCCAGACAUGGUGUUCCAUGCGAACUGUUUUCUGACAUUGGUCCCCAGUUUUCUAGUUGUGAGUUUGCUGCCUUUGCCAAGGAAUGGGGGUUUCAACACUCCACGUCAAGUCCAACUUAUCCAAAGUCCAACGGCUUGGCAGAAUGCUCUGUAAAAACAGUAAAAAACUUGUUAAAAAAAUCACAGGACAAAGAUGACUUUCAGAAAAGUUUACUGAUGUACCGGAGUGCACCUCUACAAAAUGGACUGUCACCAGCCCAAAUGCUGAUGGGUAGGCGCAUUCGCUCCAACCUACCAGUCAACGAGGAUUUGCUGACACCCAAAGGCGCACACAAAGUCAGACACGCUAAGGAAGUACAAAAAGCAAAGCAAAAACAGCUGCAUGAUAGAACGGCAAAACACCUGCCUAUGCUGAGGCCGGGAGACGUUGUGCGUCUCAGAGACAUUUCUACAGGCACUUGGAGACAAAAAGGACAGGUGGAAGAGAAAGUUGCUCCACGUUCGUAUAGGAUCCAGAUGGAAAAUGGACCGACUCUGAGAAGGAACCGCACGGAUCUUCAACUACAGCUGACUGAAGGCAACAUUGCAGCUCAGGAAAAGGCUCAACAGGACUCAGCUGGACCUGCAGAACUUGCUGACACUGAGCCUGACCUUGCUGACCAAGGACUGACAGCAGUGUCCGCGUCACCUGCUGUUGAGAGACUGUCUAACUCUAGACCUAAGAGACAUGUUCAGCCACCUAAGAGGCUGAUUGAGAGUUGUUAAGGACUCUGAGGUUUUGAGAGUUGUAAAAAAAAAAGAAAAGGGUUGACAUAACUGUUUAUGAUGCUUUGACAUUUUUGCACUUUGUCUUUAUUGAAAGAAAUGUCUAUGUAGAGAAAAGUUAUUUGCAGAUGUGGUUGCAAUGCUAAAAGAACGAAAAGUUAAACACUAUUUCUUUAUAGGGGGAAAGAUGUGAUGUUAUGUGCCAGGGAAUAUUAGAACUACACUACCCAGCAUGCAACAGGAAUGAUGAGCGUGCAGGCAGCCCGGAAGGUGGAAUGUGGCCAUGCCUGCAGCUGGAAUGUUGUUAUGAGCACGCUUUAUGAGUAAACGUUUAGAACUCAGCCAACACGCCUCGUCUGCAUUAUUUACUAAUAGACAGACAACACAGUCGAGGAUCAAUAUUGGCCCGGCUUUCACUCGCUGGAGUGAGCUCAAAGACGAGGUAUUUAACACCGACGCUGCCUUGGCUCUGUUCCUGCUUUACUAAUAAGUAUCUAUUGAUGCUCAAAUCAAAAUAAAAAUGCUAACAUUAGCAAACGGACAAUUGCGCGGUAGCAUUAUAAAUAGCCACCAUCUUGAUAGUUGGCAGUUCCACACUGACACGACCAGCCAAGAAAACCAACUCAAAAGUACUGUAUGAAGAAAAAAAACAAUGCUAUGACUGCAAAUGAAUAUAUAAAGUUUGAGUAAAUAUGUAGGGUCCUAUUGUGGAAAUAUCAGUCUAACUGAAUCAUUGUGGUAUUAUCGCGUCAGUUUUUUAAUUUUUUUUUUUUUUUUUUUUAGAAUUUUAUAAACUUUUAUUCACAAACUGCAACAUUUACAAACAAUCGAGAACAAAUAUAAAUCAAAAAAUAAUAAUCAAAAUAAGUACAAAAACAGUACAAAUCAGCGCCAGAUUUUUUAAUUUUUUUUUUAAUUUUUUUUUUUUAGAAUUUUAUAAACCUUUAUUUAUAAACAUUGUCGUAUAAUAUACAUCCAAAACGUGGACGCAUGUGAAAAAGUGCAAUAUAUUUAUCUGUACAGUAAUCCAUCCAUCCAUUUUCUACCGCUUAUUCCCUUUUGGGGUCGCGGGGGGCGCUGGAGCCUAUCUCAGCUACAAUCGGGCGGAAGGCAGGGUACACCCUGGACAAGUCGCCAUCUCAUCACAGGGCCAACACUGAUAGACAGACAACAUUCACACACUAGGGCCAAUUUAGUGUUGCCAAUCAACCUAUCCCCAGGUGCAUGUAAUAUAUUUAUUUAUUUAUAUUAAAUAUAUUUAUCUAUUUUAUAUAUAUAUUUAUAUAUUAUUUAUAUUUAUAUAUAUAUUUAUUUAUUUAUAU